AGCAGGAGGAGGAGGAGGAGGAGGCGGCGCGCUGAGGAGGCUGCGGCGCCAUGGGCCCGGGAGCGGAGGACGAAGAGAAGGACGAGCGUCCGCCACGGGCCCUUCCACCAGUACCGAGCGCAAAUCGAGAUGGCGUUCCACUUGGUCGUCCAAAAAGGAAGAAAGCCAGAACCAAAAACGCACAAGACAACGCCUCCUCGGAGGGCCUCGCCCAGGCGACCGUCCGGCGUCCCUCGGACAGCAGCGAACCUCUGACGCCCGACCGCCUGGAUCAUUCAGACGCCCCCCUGCAGAGGAAACGCAAGAAGAAGAAAACGCCUCUCGAAUCCGAGACCUCGUUCGGCCCGGCGGGACACCCGGCUGCCACGGCCGUGCCGAAGGAAAACGGCCCCGAUCGGGAGCCGGGAGAGGAGGAGGCCGCUGACGCUGUUCAUGGAGCAACCACUGCCGCUCGCAAGUCUCGCAAAAAAGCCAAGGAGCCCCGCCCGCCGGAGAGUCGGCCGGCCAACGAGUUGGGAGUGGAAGAGGAGGACGUCGGCGGCGGCGAGCACGCCCGCCUGGACCCGCGGUGUCCGUUGGGCGCGCCCGCGAGCGUCAGUCAGCCCGUGGGAAAAGUGUUCGUGGAAAAGAGCCGACGCUUCCAGGCGGCCGAUCGCUCCGAGUUGGCUAAAGCCCCCGAGAACGUCGACGUGCUGAUGGAUGUCAAGCCUCCCUGGACAACUAGAGACGUGGCUCUUUCAGUGCACCGAGGGUUCAGGUUCAGGACGGUCGGUCUCUUUUGCCACGGCUUCCUGGCCGGCUACGCCGUGUGGAACGUGAUUGUGAUUUACGUCCUGGCGGGAGAAGGGUCGUCCGACGUGUCCGGUUUCCUGCGGCAGUAUAAGACUUUAGUCUACCCCGCUCAGAGCCUCCUCUACUUGCUCCUGGCUCUCAGCACAGUUUCAGCCUUUGACAGGAUCGACUUGGCGAAAGCCUCCGUGGCAUUUCGUGGCUUUGUGUCUCUGGACCCAACAGCCUUGGCAUCUUUCCUCUACUUUGCCGCUCUCACCCUGUCUCUGAGCCAGCAGAUGACGAGUGACCGAAUCCACCUUUACACACCUCCGUCCACGAACGGCAGCCUCUGGGUGACGGGGACAGAGGGGCAAGUUGUCCGGCCCUGGAUUGUGGUGAAUCUGGUGGUGGCUCUGCUGGCUGGACUGUCUUGGAUUUUCCUGUCCUACAGGCCGGACCUGGACCUCAGCGAAGAACUGAUGUUCUCCUCUGAACUACAGGAAUAUCCUGAACUGGAUAAGAGACUCAGAGUCCCUUCGUAAUGUUGGAAAUCCAUCCUUCAAGGUUGAGUGAUCCAGUAUUUUGCAAAAUGUCAUUUUUCUAUGAGGUCCUUUACACUAUAUUUUUAAUCUGAUGUUUGGAUCGGCUGUUCGUACAGUUGGAAAAAGAAUCAUCCGUGACGAUAUUAAAACAGCCAGAUUCCGUACCGUCUUUGUAAACUUAUGCGGAGAAAAUAAAAGUAGACUUUAGUAUGUGAAA